UGAGAAUAGAGGCCUGUAAGUGUUACAGGUACUUACAAUUACUUAUUAGGAAGAAGAAUUUUCUUAACAAGCUGAUGGAAAACUGAUUAGUAGCAACAUGCCGGAGAAAAAGAGUGCUAAGGACUCGGACUGUGUCCAGGUUUGUGUCAGAUGUCGGCCACUGAAUGACAAGGAGAAAGAGCAGAGCUGUACACAGUGUGUCAAGGUUGAUGAAGUGAGAGGUACCAUUGUAGUGAAACCUCCAAAUGCUGGAUCAGGGGAGCCUCCCAAAACCUUCACCUUUGACACAGUGUUUGACACAAACUGUAAACAAGUAGACGUGUACAAUAAAACAGCCAGACCUAUAGUGGAAUGUGUCCUAGAAGGCUACAAUGGAACCAUAUUCGCCUAUGGACAGACUGGUACAGGGAAGACUUUCACCAUGGAGGGGGUCAGAUCUGUGCCGGAGUUAAGGGGGAUAAUUCCUAACUCUUUUGCUCACAUAUUUGGUCACAUAGCAAAAGCAGAAGGGGAUACUAGAUUUUUGGUCAGAGUUUGCUAUCUGGAAAUCUACAAUGAGGAAGUCAGAGAUCUGCUGGGUAAAGAUCAGUCUGCCAGACUAGAGGUGAAAGAGAGACCAGACGUUGGGGUGUAUGUGAAGGACCUGUCAGCAUUCAGUGUCAAUAAUGCUGAUGACAUGGACAGAAUCAUGACAAUUGGAAACAAAAACAGACAUGUGGGUGCAACAAACAUGAAUCUCCACAGUUCUAGAUCUCAUGCCAUCUUCACAGUCACCAUUGAAUGUAGUGAGAAAUAUCCUGAUGGUAAACAGCAUGUACGAGUCGGCAAACUACAUCUAGUAGACUUGGCAGGAUCAGAGAGACAGGCUAAAACAGGAGCUACUGGACAGAGACUGAAGGAGGCCACAAAGAUCAACCUGUCCCUCUCCACCCUGGGUAAUGUCAUCUCCUCCCUAGUGGAUGGUAAAAGUACUCACAUUCCGUACAGAAACUCCAAACUUACCAGGCUCUUACAGGACUCACUGGGAGGAAACUCAAAGACAGCUAUGAUUGCAAACAUUGGACCAGCAGAUUAUAACUAUGAUGAGUCCAUCAGUACUUUGCGCUAUGCAAACAGAGCUAAGAAUAUCCAGAACAAGGCAAAGAUCAAUGAGGAUCCCAAGGACGCAUUGUUAAGACAGUUCCAGAAGGAGAUAGAUGAGCUCAGGAAACAGCUGGAAGAAGGAUCAGAUUAUGAGUCGGGGGACUCUGAGGAGGAGGAAAGUGAGGAGGAGGUGGGGGAGGACGGAGUCGUCAGGAGGGUGAAGAAAAAGAAGAAGAAGCGAGGAAAAGGACAAAAAGAACGUAAACACAUUUCCAAGGAGAAGAUGGCUGAGAUUCAGAGUAAAAUUGAGAAAGACAGGAAAAUUCUGGAAUCAAAGAAGGACAUGGCCGAGGAGGAGAGAAACAAAGUGAAGGAGGAUCUAGAGGAGAAAGAGAUGGAACUCAAGAAAUUCCAAGAAGAACAGGAUCAGCUGGCAAAUAAACUAAAUGCUCUGGAGAAGAAAAUUAUAGUGGGAGGAGAAAAUCUGUUGGAGAAGGCUGAGGAGCAGGAACGGCUGCUUGAGGAGUCGGCCAAAGAGUUGGAGGCCAGGAAGGCCAAGGAAGAGGAGCUCCGAAAGGCUCUGCAGGAAAAAGAGCAAGAACAAGUAGACAUUGAGGAGAAGUACAGCUCACUGCAGGAAGAAAUCCAGGGCAAGACCAAGAAACUGAAGAAGGUGUGGACCAUGCUAAUGCAGGCAAAGUCUGAGAUAGCGGAUCUACAACAGGAGCAUCAGAGAGAAAUGGAGGGUCUGUUAGAGAAUGUCAGGCAAUUAAGUCGAGAACUCAAACUACAGAUGACACUCAUUGACAACUUCAUACCUCCAGAGUAUCAGGACAUGAUUGAGCAGAAUGUGACAUGGAAUGAUGAUAUCGGGGAGUGGCAGCUCCGAUGUGUGGCUUACUCCGGUAAUAACAUGAGGAAACAAUCACCACAGCCAGAGAAGGACAAGGAAAAGUAUUCAGCACCAGACCUCAGUAAUAUCUACUUGGCAUACACAGCAGAAACAGCUGAGAAAGCUAUGGAGAAGGCACUGCGACCAAAGUCAUCCAAAUCAGCCAGACCAAAGUCCAGUCGGCCCAAAUCCAGUCGACCAAAGAGCUCUAAAAAGAAACAGAAGGAGGCCAACAUAGAAGACGUGAUACAGUGACUUACAGCAGCCUUGUGCACACUGAUCAUCAUUGAGUUAGCAAUCAUUAUUGGACUUUAGCCUACUACUGAACUCUAAUAACAACUGUUGUGAAAUCAAGUUUCUGUGCACAUUGCUUUGCUUCUGUAGCCAGCAAGUUAUACAAUGUAUUGAUUUUUCUACUUUUCUGAGAAAUCAAAUUAGUGAAGUACCUGUGUAGAUCUGCAAAACGAUGAAGUCUAACGUUUAUGAGUUUUUAUUUAUUUAUUAAGUAUUUAUGAGUAUUCAUCGAUGUUUACCUUUAUAUGUGAUAUUAUUUUUGUGACUAGUCACAAUCUGAAUUCCAUCCAUUUAUUUUUCUUAUAAUUUAUUUUUACAUGUAUUUGCUUUUUUUUAAUACAAAGAAAUGUCUUUUUUCUGUAUAAAAUUAGUUUAAA